AUCCCGAAAAAUUAAAAUAUACGAUUGAAAAUAUGUUUCCGGAUGUUUAAAUUGGGUACUUCACUCCGUAGCGUGACUCCCCAUUAUACAAAAUACACAUUCUCAAAUUUUAUGCUUGAAUUAUCUUUUUUUUCCUCAGAGUAAUUAUAGACAUACGUAAGGCGCCAUAUUUGCGCGUAUACGCUGUGGCAUCAUAAACGUAUCGUCUGUUGACGCAUCGCGGGAUAUUUUAAAUAAAGGUUUUCUUAUUCAAAGAAAAUGGCGGCGCCCUGUGACCACGACGUGUUGUCGAUGUGAGUCUCGAAAAAGGACUAAAAAUAUCACCCAAAAAGAGUUUCGUGUGGAUCAGUAUCAGGUACUCGAUGGAGCUCUUAGUUGUCGGUUGAGCAGUUAAUGGUAAAAACAGUAAUAGUGAACUGUGAAGACGCAGAGUUAAGGUAAGAGUCCAAAGAUAACUCGAACUGUAAUAAAUCAAUAGAAACAGCUUCUAAUAUCUAAUUAGUAGAAUUAAUGAUGUGUAUAGUGUUUACCUGUGAUACGUUUAAUCUAUUACUCCAUUACUGGAGUUAAAUUCUGGAAUGAUGUCAACAUAAAUCUAAAAACAUGUAAUUCUUUUUCGUUUUUUAAGAAAAUGGUUUGUAAAGCUAUUUUUGAAGCUUAUAAGUGCGAUUAAUUAUCUGUUGUUGUGGUUUCUUUGCUUUUCUGGAGGUCGGUAGCCUAAAAAAGUUGACAAUACAGGAUAGGCUUUUAUAAGCAGUCUGCUUCUGCCUAUGCCUUUCCAGUCAAUAUUCAACACAUGACUCUUGAUUUAGUGAUUUUGUGUGAAAUGUCAAUAUUGUGUACAAUAUUUGGUGUUGUCAUGACUGAAUUAACGACUACUACUACUACUAGUAAGUCCUCUUGAAGGGGAAAAGAUGUUAGAAAUCUUCCAGAUGUUUGUAUUGGCAUAUAUUGUAAUAUAUGGAUUAGUGUUUGUGGAAAUGUUGAUCAGUCUCCACUCGUCAUAUGACUGUGUACAUUUUUUCCUUCCUUGAUUUCAGGGAAUGGCCACUCCAGGGAAGCCAAGUAAAAAGGAAAUAAAAAGACAUGUCCAAGCCAAGACAUCUUUCACCUCACCCUUCACUCCAAAAUGGAGCCCACUGCCCCAAGAAGACAUGCAUUUCAUUCUGAAUAGCCUGAAGGACAAGCUGGUUUCUACUGGUCUUGAGAAGAAAGAGGUCAAAGUGUUUCGCCCAUGGAGGAAAAAGAGUAAGAAAAACUCUCCCUCCACAUCAGAGCCUGUUCUGCAGGUGAGCCAGGACAUGUCUGAGCAGGAACCCUCCAAAAAUGGCUGGACAAACGUGGCAGCCAGAAGGCAGCUAGCCAUCGGUAUCAACGAGGUCACCAAAGCACUGGAGAGGAACGAGCUCAAGCUGUUGCUUGUGUGCAAGUCUGUCAAGCCGAGACACAUGAUCAAUCAUCUCAUUGCUCUUAGUGCGACCAGAGGUGUCCCGGCCUGCCAGGUGCCUCGACUGAGUCAGAAUGUGUCCGAGCCAUUGGGGCUGAAAAGUGUCCUCGCACUGGGAUUCAGACACUGUGCCUCCACAGACAAUGACAUGUUCACUGACAUUGUGGAGAUCAUUACACCCCGAGUGCCCUCUCUAGAUGUAGCCUGGCUACAGGGUGCAACACAGAGUGUAAAACCCGAAGACCCAGGUGGCCCUGAAGAGGAGGAGGGUGGGGAUGUUGAGCAGAAGAAGGGACAGAAGAGGAAACUAGAAACUGAAUCUGAGUUUACAAAGUCCGGCUCCUCCAGCAGACUGCAACCUCUUGCAGUGAAAAAAAUAGUUCCUAAUCCUGCAAAGAAAAGAAAAGAAAAGGCUAAGUCAUAACUGCUGAAAUAAAACAAAAACUGGUUGAUAGUAGAAAGAAAAAUUACUUUGUUAUAGAUUUUCUCAAAGCAGCAGUUAACAGUGUUUCUUAUGAAUGAAAAAACGAGGCAUUCUUUGAAUGGGCUCUUUUUGAAGCUCAUGUAUGGCUUCAGUUUGGACAUCAAAGGAGCCCAUUCUCAUGGACAUCACAUACUACAGUUACUCAUUCUCUUAAUGAUUUAUUUUAACAUUUUCACAGCUAUUGAUUUUAUGUUUGCGUCUGACUUGUCGGGAUUUAGCUUUAGAUUUGAAUGAAUUGUAGAUGAAUUUGCAAGCAUCUGCAGUUCGCUUGAGAUAAUUCAGAACAAAGGAAUUAAAUCUGAAACAGAACUUUUUAUGACUUUGAUUGUUGGUAUAACAAUGAACAGUUUGAAGGUUUUUCCUGGUUUCUAACGACGAUCACCAAAGCCAAAGUAAAAAGUUACAAGAAGAUAAAUAUAAGUUAAACAUUGGUCACCUUUAGUUUUGCGCUGUGUCAGUUGGCUUUGGCUAAUGUGUUAAAAGGAGAAUGAAAAUAGUAAAAAUGAAAAGCAAGCAUAUGUUGGAACAAGUUUCAUUUUUAGAGGUUGUUUUUUUGUACUUCUUCAGGGAAGAAACCAACUACUGCUAAACUGCUAUGAAUUGGAAAAUAAAAAGUUUGAACUCUGAUACUUAAAGUCAGCACAGAAACAGAAAAGUUAUACUUACAAUGAGGGGUCUGUUUCUGGAUAAUGUGGACACACAUCUGAUGUUUCUUUCACGCUCCUCUGUAAAUAUGCCUGAAGUUGAAGGUGGUGGAAACAUGAGUUUUAGAGCUGAACAAAUAUAGUGUUAUGACUGAGUUAAUUUUAAAACAUUCAGAGUUACAGCUCGUGUACACGUCCUGAAAAAAUAAGAGCAUCAGCCAUUCCUUUCUUUAAAGUGAGUUUAUUCAAUCAAAUAUUCAUGCUGGUAUAGCUGACGAGUGAGUUAAAACAGAUUGUUUGCAUGGGGUCAUGUCUAAAUGAUGCUGGUACAGUUCUUCAGCUUUUUCACAGCUUACAAUGAAUUUGAAUAAAAAUAUUGUUCUUCGGUUCGAGAAAGCUGUAUGCCAUCUCAAAAGUACGCUCUCCCAUACCCUCAAAAACCUUGAUCAUAAAACAAAACAUCUUUUAAAUAAGGCAGGUACCUCGGGUUUGAGUUCGCACUAAAGGGUGUGGCAAGUAACAAUGUUUCAAAUUGUCACGGCAGCAAAACGGACAUGCUCAAAGUUCAUUCAAACAGCUGCAGGCAACACAUCUGUAACACAACCAGCAUCCAUGAGGCACACCGUCAACUCAGUAACCCGGAUUCAAUGAUAAAUAAAUGCUGUUAAAGUCUGUCUUUGUGAAGGAUGCUCAUUCAUCUUUCCAAGGACAAAAUAAUAAAAAAAAUAGAACCCUGAAGCACUGACUUGGUCGUCUUUUCUCGCUAAAAUAUAAAGGGAUGAGAAGAAACCCACAGACAGGAAAAACAGACGAUGAAAAUGGCAGCAGCCUCUACUUAAGUUAUGCAGACAAAGAGUUAACACUGAGCAAGAAGACAAUUAUAAAACAUUUGAAACUGAGUACACAAGCAGCUCCUAUAAAAAGUGGUCUGACAACAGCUUUUCAAAGAUUUCACACAGAAAAGUGCCAGAUAGUUGUAGCUGAACCCCUUAUUUAAGAUGAAGGUAAAGGGAAUUACUUAAAAAAAAGGAAAAAAGAAUGGGGCACAGAUGGCCUGUCAGUCUAAGCGCUCUUGGUAUAGAGGCUGUGAUCCCUGUUUUAGCGGCUGCUAGUUUGAUUCCUGGCCACAAUCCUUAGCUGCACGUCUCCUGCCCUCAUUUUCUCUUCAGCUGUCCCGUCUAAUAAAGGCAAAAAUGCCCCACAAACAUAACUUCAAAACAAAAAGGACAAAUCAUGUUCUUUGAAAGUACUUUUACAAAUAUGUGAACCGUUUCAAACAUUAGGCCACACAACACGCAUACAACCAACAGUAUCUUUUGACACACAAAUACCGUACCGUUAAAAGAAACAUUUAGAGAAGUCAAUAAAAAUGGACCCAGAAAAACAGGGGAACACCAAUUUCAAAAAGAUGCUUUUACAGAUAGAAGCUUUUGUUAAUGCAGCCACUUUACUCCAAAUAAAUGCUCUUUAAUUCUUCUGAAAAUGCCUUCAAACUUGUGCUCAGUUUUUUUUUUUAAUCCGAGUUUGAGAACACGUUAAACAUGGAUGGUCACAUACAUAAAGUUUGCAAGCCAUGUUAUGUAUUUCUUCCGAUCAGCAGCUUCUCAGGGGCAUCAUACUCACUGAUAUCCAAGAAGCUACUUAAAGGAAUAACAGAAGACUGACAAUGACUACAUUUAUAAAAGAGAACGAACACAUACGGCCUAAAACAGAACUUAACUGAGAACAUCACUCUUUCUUAAAGGAAGCCAUAUUUAGGCUACAAAACUGUCUUUAGACCAAAAUGACUUCUUAUUUUUGUACAAAAUCUGAAAAGAAAAAAUUCAACUGGCUAUAUUUGAAGUGUUCUUUUUGUGUUUUCCAGCCUUUUUGUUUCCAAUUCGGCUUUGCUUGCUUGUGUACCCACCAUGCCACCUGUACUUUCAGUCCUUUUGUCUUUGUUAAGACAGACUUGAAAACUUAACCAAACACCAAUCAGCUCCAGAGACAGGUUUAUAACAUAAAAACAGUUCACAUCCUUCAAGAAAUAAAGGUGAACAGUCUGUACACUAGCCUUUCAGUGUCUAAAUCGGACCCUUUAAAAAGAAUAAACCCUUUGCUUGUUAACGAACUCAAAAAUUGUGCUUCUUUAAUGCAAUACAUUCUUUAUCAAAAAACCACUUAAACCCACAUGAUCUGAACAAACUCAGUGACAUCUACACUACUUAUGAGGAAAAUACUUUGGAUCAGCCCUCCCGAACCCCAAACUCACACUACAGGAAUAAAUAUGAUCUGGCUUUCAAUGUACAUGUAACUAUAUAUUCUUAACAAAAAAAGUGUGUAUCAAUGCACCAGGUGGAUGAGUCCUUUCUUUUCGUGUGUGUGUGUGUGUUUGUGUGUGAAAAAAACAUUUGAGAUUUUGAAGAUGAUAUUUCUCUUCAGAUGCUUCAGGAAAUAAAAUCUCACAUUUCAUCUGUAAAACAAAACAAGUUCUUCGCAUCUGUAAUCGGACCGAAGGCCAGAAACAGCCCGCAGACAUUGAUAUGAGACGGUAUGGAAACAAUAACUUGUCGGUUGCCUUUAAGAUCCUCUUUACUCUGCAAGUGUGCAAUUGCAGUGGGGACACAAUAACCAAAUGUUUGUUUUGUGGACAUGUUGACCUGUUGAUGAUCAUUUACAUAGUUCAGUAUCAGCAACAUUAAAACAGCAUGCCAGUCCCUUUAACAAGGCGUCAGCUGAGGAAGAAAAACUAACAAAAAUUCACAAUGUCAAGGCAACCUCUUGUAUGUCAAACUGGUGUGUUUUGUAAAUGUGAGUGUGCAUGUCAGAGCAUUGUACUGUAUGAGUAUCUCAGGCAUAGCAUGACUUCACAUUCAGGAUGUUGAUGAUUUCGGAAUUUUCACCUUCAAGUGAACUGAGUAUUGUUCUUGAUGACACGAGUGCCUGCUGGACCAAGUCCCAGUCUCUGGGUUGUUGAUGUUGUUGUUUUUUUCUUUUCUGUUGUAGUUCUCAUUGUCUAGCUUGGGCUACCUGUGUGUCCAGGUAAGGAGUGGCAAAAGGUCGCCGACCUCUGACCACUUGAUCAGUGUUUGUGUAGCAGCUUGGGUGGGGGCCUG